CAAAACAACACGAAGCUGCAAAGCUGACUGAGGCGGCGAGCUUACUCUGUGUUUACAUAUUUACCAACUAUUUAAUUUUCCACCUGUAUUUUCAAGAACGUCACAGCUGCAUGAAAUAUGUCUGCAAGUUCAAGUGACACUGAGUCAUCUUGUGGAUGGACCAUCAUAAGCAAUGAGGGCUCUGAUAUAGAAACACUUGGUCCUGAAAAUGGUGGAGCUGACAGUAUUGCUGAUCCCACAGAGGUGCCCAUGAUUCUAGAAGAUGACCAGCUAAGUCAUGCAUUGGAACAAGGAGCAGAGAGCUUUGAAGAGUCCACUCUUGAAGCCACCCCAACAGAAGAGACUUUAGAACGGCCUGAGGUAGCCGAAGAGAAGGCACUACAUGAGCAGGUUGUGUUCGGGUCUUCAAGUGACCAUUCUGACAUUGUGACACUCGAGCCUCCGCAGGUGGAGGAGCUUGGUGUCUGGGAGGAAAGGGAGAGUGCUGUGCAGGAGCCUGAGAGCAACGAAGACCUUGGCUCCUCCUCCAGCAGUCAGUACACGUUCAGUGCUCCUGAACCUCUCCUUCCUUCCAAGUCCAAGGCAUUUGAUUCUAGCAGUGAUGAGGCAAGUGAACACUCCAGUCCUGCUGUGCGAAAACGGCGCCUGAGAAAAGCAACCGCUUCAACUUCUGAGGCUGAGGAGGUUCCAACUGUGGAGCGGCCGGGAGAGCCGGAGCAGCAGGCACCCCGGAGACGGGGCCAGGUCAGCGGCACCCUCAACAAGUGCGUCUUACUGGCACUGGUUAUUGCCAUCAGCAUGGGAUUGGGACAUUUCUAUGGUACAGUGCAGAUUCAAGAAAGACACAAGAUAGUUGAGAAAAUCCGUGAACACGAAUUGAACGAUGUGAAGGAUGAUCUGUAUCAGUGCCAGAAAGAGCAGGAUGCCAUUGCAGAAAGCAAGGAAAUUGUUAAGCAGCUGUCAGAAGACCUAGAUGAAAAACGAGACAUGGUGCUGUCCCUGACAGGGAUAAUGGAUAAAAUAACGCAAGAGAACCAGAAGCUCAGAAUGAAACAAGCUGAGCUACAGUCCCAAAAUGAAGAUCUUACAGAAGAAUUAAAAAAAAACAUGGAAGAAAGGAGUUCCAUUGAAUCUCAGCAGAAAACCCUUUUCUCGGAGAACCAGAAUUUGAAAAAUUCUCUGCAACGGGAAGAAGAAUCUCUGGCCUCAUUGCAGGAAGAGCUGAGAAACCUCCGGGCGCAGAUGAGGAGUUUAAAGGAGAAGGGAGUCGGCACUGAAUCCAUCAUUACAGAGAAUCAGAAACUCAAGGAUCACCUGGAGGAAGAGACACAGCGGAUCCGCAGCUUCCUGAGCCAGAAGGAAACCCUGAUGGCAGAAGCUCAGAUGCUCAGGAGAGAGCUGGAUAAAGAACGAAGAGUGACCGACAAGCUGAAAGAGCACUUAGACCAACUGAGCCAGACUUCAGAAGAUACAGGGGAAACUGACCCAGAAACAGAGGGGUUGCAGACAAGGCUGGCAGAGCUGGAAAAGAAACUGAAUUUUGAGCAGCAGCGCUCUGAUCUGUGGGAAAGGCUGUAUGUCGAAACCAGGGAAGAAAAAGGUAAAGAGGAAAUGCCUAAAUCGAAGAAAUCCAAGGAUGGUGUGUUUGCUUCGGUUAAGGACAAGUUUGAUGCCGUGAAAAACUCCACAAAGGAGUUUGUGCAUCACCAUAAAGAGCAGAUAAAAAAAGCAAAAGAAGCUGUUAAAGAGAAUUUGAAAAAAUUCUCUGAUUCAGUGAAGUCCACAUUCAAGCACUUCAAGGACUCUGCCACACGCAUGUUUAACAAAAACCGCGACAGGAAGAUGCAUGAAAGGAGAUAUCAGGAAAGAAAAGAUGCAAAGUCUGCCCAGCAGCAGCACAGAGGUGAUCCUAGAGACCAUGAUGCUGACAAAAUCAAAGCAUCCUGGCAGUUCAAACAACAAAGACCAAUUCAUACACAUCCAAGAACAUCCACAACACACAACUAUCAGGAGAAUGAUGAACAACAACAUUCACAAUAUAGGAGUCCAAAGGGAUGCUCCAGUGUAUUUGAUUGUGCAAACCAGGAGUCCAUGAGUUUAUUCAACAAAGCUCUGAAUCCCAUUAAAGCAGAGGAAUUCAAUCAACUAAUGCAGAGGUACUUGAAGCAGGAGGUAGACCAUUUCCACCACUGGAGAGAGUUACAGAAUUUUAUGAAUAGGUUCUUCCACAAUGGUGUCUUUAUACAUGACCAGAUGCUAUUCACUGACUUUGUUAGUGGUGUUGAGGAUUAUCUAGAGGAUAUGGAAGAGUACCAAGAAGGUAAUGAUGAAGUUUUUGAUGAUCUGGAUGAAUAUGUAUACAAACACUUCUUUGGAGAUACCUAUUCAAAGCAGCAUGCCCCAAGUAAACCCUUUGAAGGGCCAUGUUUCAUAAAUGCAGAAUACAAACCUCCCAAACAUGACCAGCGGCCUCCUUCUCACCAGCAGAAAGAAAGGAAAUGGAAAAAGCCGGAGCGUACCACUGGAAGACAUGUAGCUAAUGUCAAAAUAGAGCUGGGUCCACUGCCGUUCGAUCCAAAAUAUUGAAAAGCAAUGGUUUAGUAAAUGGUGUAUAAAUACAUUUUGAGUGAUUUUUAUUUAAGUUGUAAUUCAUGUAAAAGAUGAAAUGGAUGUCAUGCAUUUUGUCACCAAAUAUUAAUUCUUGUGAUUUUUGGAUGACAAUGUUUAAUUCUGAAAGCAGCAAAAAAAUAAAAAUAAAGCGCAGAAAAUGUCAAUUUUAAAACUAUUAGCAUUAUCUGAUUCUUGCUUUCCUGUGUUGUGCAGUAUGCGUUGCUAAAUGUAGUUGGCAAUAGAAUAAAGGCUUUGAAUUAUUGAUUUGUUUCCCCUUGGUGAGCAGGUGUGUGCAUGAUAACAUGCAUUUUCUAAAAUAACUUUCUAUACUGGUGUAAUUGAUCUGUUUGUAUUAAUGUAACUUUUUCAUCUGCUUUGUAUGUGUGGAGGGGAGAUUUAUUUGAUUUGAUCUAGUUUUUUUGGGGAGAAAUUUGUAGUUGGCUUGUUGCUGCUAGGUUUUGUUUAUGGAGUUAAAAAAAAUACAGUGCAAGCCUCUUUUGGAGGUUUACUAUCUGCUGUCAGGUGUUUUGGUUAAUGUGAUCAGAUUAAAAGCCUCCCUUUUACUAUGUAAAAUAAUGUUGGUAGUAGCAUAUUUUCACUUGAAUAGGAACAUAAGAAAAGUUGUUCACCCCGUCAAGUCUCUCUUGCUACCACAGAUGGCUCCCAAGCUUGUAUGGAAUUGUUUCUUUAAUAAUCCCAGUGUUUUAGCUGUUGCAGUUUCUUCUGAAACUAUUCCACUUGUCUGUUUUAUUCUCUGUGUAAAAAGUGCAUUCUACAUGUACAAAGUUCUUUUUACUCAACUUCCAUGAUUGGCAUUGAGUAUCUCUCUUUCUCUCCUAAAUGCAUUUGGUUGAUAUAACCUACUCCAAAACCUACCAAAUUCAAAUAGAAUCUGAAGUGCUAUGUUAAAUGGACUACUCUGCUCAUGUAUGGCUGGUUCCACAGAACUUGGCAGUAACUUUAGACUGUCUCAGGUAACAGUAGGUAGUCCAAGCCUAGUGCAAUUGCUGUCUGUGAAACCAGCCAACAUUGACUUGUCAGAAUCUGUGCAGUUUCCCAUGAGAACACACAGUAAGAAUCAUCAAGUGGCUUGCACUAUAAUUCAUGCUUUGGCACCGAGUGUACUUCGCUGCUGUAUGUUAAAAUGAAUGGUGUUGCAUAUUGAACUGUAAUGAAAGCUAGUUUGUCAAGUGAUUUUCUUCUUAAUUAGCAUUAACACGGAUUUUAUAAAUGUAACAUUCCAACAGUAUCUACACAAUUUACUGAAGCUCAUUUAUGUUCUUUUACCAUGUAUGCUUAUGAAAAUGUGUGCAGAGAUACCUAAUAAAAACUGAGGUGAA